AUGCAUCGUCUACUCUUGCUGUUGGUAGCGGCCUUCCCGCUAUGUCGGGCUCAGGACGUCCUUCUCGAGUGUCCUCCAGGACAGAGCUGCGUCAGGAAGUGCUGUCCGGAAGGGCAGAAGAUAGGACCGAGGGCCUGCGUGCCUGGUGGCCUAGGGCUAGAUGUACCCAACGGUACGCUUAUCGUAGUCGACCGUCCCAAAUGCCCCAUGUUCUACCUAGAACCUGGCUCGGACGAGUUCGAAAUAUUCUACAAUGGUACCUUGAUGUACACAGACAGAGACACUCAGGUUGUCACAAGAGAAUUCUGCUUGGACGAGAACGAUUUCAACUCAACAUUCGCCUAUAUUUGCUUCCCGCCAAACGAAGAAGAAGUCCUGGAAGCGACCUUACAAGCGUACUCUAUAGGCCUUUGUUUCUCUAUACCUUUUCUCCUGGCCACUGUCAUCGUCUACGCUUCCUUCAAGAGGUUGAGGAACCUUCACGGCAAAUGCAUUCUCUACCAUACCUCAUGCAUGCUUCUCUCGUACAUUUUCCUGGCUUUACUCCAGAACGGUCACUUCCAAGAGGAAAUGCCCUGCAUAAUAGUCGGUAAGCCAGUUUAA